UCUUUUCUUAGAGUUCACAAGAAAAAACUUAAUAUCCCUAAAGUGACUACAUUUAAUUAUCCACAAUUUAUAAAAAACAUCGAUUUUGCAAUAUUGUUUUCAAGUAUUCGUCAAUGGAUAAAAAAACAUCAUCGCAUACGUCCAAAAUUACGGGAAGACUAUUUUAUUAAUAGUGAUUCAGAAUAUGCAUCAUUUUUUGAGUUUGACGACUAUUUCGACGUUCGAGAACAAGAGAAAUUAGCAUUUGCACAAGCUAUAUUUGAAGUAAUUCUUAACAAUAGUUCAUCAAUCAAGAAACUUUUAAUUCGCUUACCGGAUAACAAUGAUUACUUAUCAAGUUGUCUUGGUGCAUAUUUUGAAGAACUGUUUACAACACCUGAAGCCAUUCAACAAUUAUCAAAUCUUGAACAUUUUGAAUGUAGUGGAAAUUUUUUAAAAGCGGAUUUUGUUAGAGAUGUGAUGGAGUAUGCAUGUAAUAUCAAAACAUUUACACUUGAAUUAUCAGAAGAUGACUAUGGGCCGAUAGAACAAUUAAGUUUUGGCAUCUCUAAACAAAAUAGUUUGGAAACAUUACGUCUGAUUUGUAAUGAUGAAGAUGAUCUUACAGAAAUAUUUAAAAGUUUAAAUGGAAUAUCAGGAUCUCUUCGAUCACUUGAAGUCACUAACGGAAUUCUUGAUAGUGAUCUUUCAGGGGAGUAUUUGGAGAAAUGUUUCCAAUUAAGAAAUUUAACCUUUACAAAUCUUGAUGUUUUCGGAGAAAAAAAGCCAUUUGCUAAUGCGGUAUUUCCACAUCUUGAGGAACUUUCAUUUACAGAUACAUAUUUUGACCUAGAGAGUGACAUUAAGGAAGAUCAUCAUUGUGAGAUUAUUACGCAAAUUAUUCAAAAUAACGGGCGAUCAUUAAAAAGUCUUAGUAUACUUGUGUAUUGGAAUAUUUGUCCAGGUUUUCCAAAUACUAUUUCACAAAAUUGUCAAAAUCUUAGGAAUUUUACUAUAAGGAUUAGUUCGUUUGAACUUAUACCAUAUUUAUUUGACAUUCUACGAGAAUGUCAGAACUUAGAGACGCUUAGUAUUCUAGGAACUCAAAAAGAUGUUUUGAUAGUUGAUGUAUUCAUGAUGGAUUUUACACAACUCUUACAACAAAAGCUUCGUUUUCUCGAUGUAACCAGUUGGGUGUUUGGGCAGAAACAAUUUACAACACUUUUAGAUUCCUGGCCAGGUCCUUUGGGCAGUUUAAAGUGCAAUGUUAGUAUUAAAGGCAUUAAAGAUUUUAAAGAUUUUCAAAAUUUGGUUCAGAAAUAUUUAUGGAGGAAGAAUAAAAUGUUAACGAAAUCUAAAUUCAGACGAAUAAGAAAUUAUUGGUUAGUUGAUGUAGAAUGGCACUAA